CAUAACUCCAUACACACUUCCAUUUACCUUUAUCUCUUUUCCUCUCAUUUUUUCUCCUCAUUAAUUAUCUAUCAAUAAUGGAGAUUUUACCAAAACAUUCCCAUCCUCAUUACCUCUUCUAUAUUUCUCUCCUUCUCCUUCUCUCUCACUUCAACUUUUCCGACGCCGAUAUCCCAGCGUGCAACGCCCAAGACGAAGCCGUCCUUAUAAAAAUAAGAGACCAUUUCGGUGGCCCAAACGGCCCUCUUUCCGACUGGGAUUCCGACUGCUGUUAUUUCAACUAUGUCGGGUGCGGCGGAGAAGGAUCAUCUUACGGACGGGUCACCGCCGUCACUUUCCCCCUUAACGGAAUACUCUCCGGCACUAUUCCUUCAGACUUCGGUGACCUCCCUUUCCUCGACUUCUUAACCAUAGCUAAUAACGUUAACGUCACCGGAAGUAUCCCCAAAUCUUUAGGGAAUCUCAAGAAACUGUACCAUCUUGAUCUUAACUCCAACAGUUUAACGGGUCCAAUUCCAAAUGAAGUUUUACAGUUAACGGGUCUUAAAGAAGUUGAUCUUUCUAAUAAUAAAUUGUCGGGCCCGAUUCCCCCGUCGGUAUCCUCAUUGAAAUCGCUUACUAUGUUUAAUGUCUCACAUAAUCAGCUUUGUGGACAAAUACCAAGUGGGUUGAACAAGUUUGGUAAAAGUAGCUUUGUUAGUAAUAAGUGCCUUUGUGGUUCUCCUUUGCCUCCUUGCAAGUGAUGCUGUUUGAAUAGUUUAAUUACACCCCUGUCGGUUUUCUCAUCUUAUAAUAUAAUAUUAUCAGUAACAAUUUUAAGGAGAUCAGAUCAUAGAAAUAUAGAAGUAAUGAAUAAGGACUACUCAUACAUAAAUUCUCCUAGGAGGCCUAGUAUUGGCUAUAUUUUUUCGUUUUAUUAUACUUGUUAUAUUUGACUUUUUAUAUAAUUUUAUAUAAUUUAAUUAUUUAUAUAUUAAA